UAGUAUAUAAGACCUGAAGACUUUAUUCCACUAGAACAUUGAAUGGAGGCUCAAAUUGUUUUCAUUUCGUUUUUGUGAUAAUAACUUGUGAUUUCUUUCCUAACGACAGAUAUGAAUAUGAACAGUGUUGUCAAUUCCUUGUAUCAAUUUGAUGACACCAUGAACAAACGUAAGACUAUAGAAAUAAAGCGAGUCAUGAGAGGCGCUCUUAGCAUGUCACGAAGUACUGCGGGGGACAAUACCUACCAUAUUAACAAAUUCGCCAAUAAAGGCCUAGAACAACAGAUUAAGGUCCUUGAUAAAGCCAAAAUCCAAUGUCGAAACGGAAUUAACUCUAAAAAGCGAACAGCAUUGAGAAAAUGGUGUCUUGUUUUUGGUAAACAAAAAUCUAUGAACGAUUCUAUCAAAGAUUUAAAUGAAGUCUUAACAAAGGCAAUCGAGGAGGGAGACUUCCUUGAAUCAAGAAUGCAGCCAGAAGAGGAGGAAAAGGAGGAAGAACAACCAGAGGAACAGGAACCCGAACCGGAACCGGAAAUUAAAAGAUCCGGAAUGGAUCCUAGUCAGAUUCGCGCAUUAAUGAUUAAGCAACAGAGAGGAGGGGUUGAAAUUAAAACAAAUGAACAAGGAAUUACCUCUAUGCUUUUACCGAAAAUUGAAUUUGGAAACACAAACAUGAAACUAGAAGACGUGGAAUUAGACCCUGAAACUCCCCAGCCCCGAGAGGAUAUAUGGCCUCUUAAAGACACUACCUGGGUCAGUUCUUAUAUAAAGGGUCAGAGAGAGAAACACGACCUUCUAUUUACUAAAAAUAUUUUAAAAAGCAUACAGAUCGGAAUGACAAAAACAAACCCUUUGCACAGUUUCCGACUGAGAGCGAAACUCUCUGAUGAUCCAAUGGAGUUAUUAAGACACUUAACUUCAGCAAAGACCGCCCGUCCUACGACAAGAAAUGAAUUUAAACGUAAUGCCCAAACUGCCGAUGCUUUACAAUCUCAGAGAGAAUCUUAA